AUGGCUUCCAGCCCGCUGCCGGGGCCCAACGACAUCCUGCUGGCAUCGCCGUCGAGCGCCUUCCAGCCCGAAGCGCUGAGCCAGCCGCGGCCGGGCCACGCCAACCUCAAACCCAACCAGGUGGGCCAGGUGAUCCUCUACGGCAUUCCCAUCGUGUCAUUGGUGAUCGACGGGCAGGAGCGCCUGUGCCUGGCACAGAUCUCCAACACUCUCCUCAAGAACUUCAGCUACAACGAGAUCCACAACCGUCGUGUGGCGCUGGGCAUCACGUGCGUCCAGUGCACGCCGGUGCAGCUGGAGAUCCUGCGGCGCGCCGGGGCCAUGCCCAUCUCAUCGCGCCGCUGCGGCAUGAUCACCAAGCGUGAGGCCGAGCGCUUGUGCAAGUCGUUCCUGGGCGAAAACAGGCCGCCCAAGCUGCCCGACAACUUCGCCUUCGACGUGUCUCACGAGUGCGCCUGGGGCUGCCGCGGUAGCUUCAUCCCCGCGCGCUACAACAGCUCCCGCGCCAAGUGCAUCAAGUGCAGCUACUGCAACAUGUACUUCUCACCUAACAAGUUCAUCUUCCACUCCCACCGUACGCCCGACGCCAAGUACACGCAGCCGGACGCAGCCAACUUCAACUCUUGGCGCCGUCAUCUCAAGCUCACCGACAAGAGUCCCCAGGACGAGCUAGUCUUCGCCUGGGAGGACGUCAAGGCCAUGUUCAACGGCGGUAGCCGAAAGCGCGCGCUGCCCCAGCCCGGCGCGCACCCCGCCUGCCACCCGCUCAGCUCGGUCAAGGCGGCCGCCGUGGCAGCGGCGGCUGCGGUGGCUGGAGGCGGGGGACUGCUGGGUCCGCACCUGCUGGGGGCGCCCCCGCCCCCGCCGCCGCCGCCACCCCUGGCCGAGCUGGCGGGCGCGCCCCACGCCCAUCACAAGCGGCCGCGCUUCGACGACGACGACGACUCGUUGCAGGAGGCGGCCGUUGUGGCCGCCGCCAGUCUCUCGGCCGCCGCCGCCAGCCUCUCUGUGGCCGCGGCCUCGGGCGGCGCCGGGGCGGGAGGGGGCGGCGCCGGGGGCGGCUGCGUGACCAGCGUUGGCGCCGGCGCGGGCGCGGGCGCGGCGGCUGGCGCCAAAGGCCCGCGCAGCUACCCGGUCAUACCGGUGCCCAGCAAGGGCUCGUUCGGGGGCGUGCUGCAGAAGUUUCCCGGCUGCGGGGGGCUCUUCCCGCAUCCUUACACCUUCCCGGCCGCAGCCGCCGCUUUCGGCUUGUGCCAUAAGAAGGAGGACGCGGGCGCUGCGGCCGAGGCCCUGGGGGGCGCGGGCAGCGCGGGCGCGGCGCCCAAGGCCGGCCUGUCCGGCCUCUUCUGGCCCGCGGGCCGCAAGGACGCUUUCUACCCGCCCUUCUGCAUGUUCUGGCCUCCGCGGACCCCAGGCGGGCUUCCCGUGCCCACCUACCUGCAGCCCCCGCCCCAGCCGCCCUCGGCUCUCGGCUGCGCGCUCGGAGAAAGCCCCGCCUUGUUGCGCCAGGCCUUCCUGGACCUGGCCGAGCCCGGCGGCGCCGGUGGGAGCGCUGAUGCCGCUCCCCCGCCAGGUCAGCCCCCUCCGGUCGUGGCCAAUGGCCCGGGCUCCGGCCCUCCGCCUCCGGCUGGGGGCGCGGGUGCUCGCGACACUCUCUUCGAGUCGCCCCCGGGCGGCAGCGGCGGGGACUGCAGCGCGGGCUCCACGCCGCCAGCCGACCCCGGCGCGGUGUCCGGUGCAGGGGCCGCGGCCGCCGGCGCGGGCCCCGCGGGAGCCCGAGUGCCCGCACCCCACCAUCCACACCUCCUGGAGGGGCGUAAGGCAGGCGGAGGCAGCUACCACCAUUCGAGCGCCUUCCGGCCGGUGGGCGGCAAGGACGACGCGGAGAGCCUGGCCAAGCUGCACGGGGCGUCAGCGGGAGCGCCACACUCGGCCCAAGCGCAUCACCACCAUCACCAUCACCACCCGCACCACCACCAUCAUCAUCACCCCCCGCAGCCGCCGUCACCGUUGCUGCUCCUGCCCCCGCAGCCCGACGAGCCGGGUUCUGAGCGCCACCACCCGGCCCCGCCGCCGCCCCCGCCCCCGCCGCCCCCGCUGGCCUUGCAGCCGCACCACCGAGGCCUUCUGUCCCCCGGGGGCACCAGCUGCAGCUACCCCAGCGAGGACAGCUCCGAGGACGAGGACGACGAGGAAGAAGAGCAGGAGGUGGACGUGGAGGGCCACAAACCCCCCGAGGGCGAAGAAGAGGAGGAAGAAGGUCGAGACCCCGACGACGAGGAGGAGGAAGACGAGGAGACGGGGAUCCUGCUAGGGGACCCCUUAGUCGGGGGCGGCCGCUACCUCCAGGGCCGAGGGCUGUCAGAGAAGGCGAGCAGCCGGGACCGCGCACCGGCCGCGGCGGGCGCUUUCCCACUCGCCCUGAACUCCUCCAGGCUGCUGCAGGAGGACGGGAAACUGGGCGACCCCAGCGGCUCAGACCUGCCCCCGCCCCCGCCCCCGCCUCUGGCCUCCCAGAAAGCUGGCGGCGGCGGUGGCAGCAGCCCGGGCAGCCCGGUCCACCAUCCAUCACUGGAGGAGCAGCCCUCCUACAAAGAUAAUCAGAAAACUAAGGAAAAUAACCAAGUUAUUUUACCUACAAAGGAUGACAGCAACUUUUCAGAUAAGAACAAGGAUCAUAGCUUUUUCAUCACAGACUCUGAUGCUUCCGGAGGAGAUUUUUGGAGAGAAAGAUCAGGUGAACACACACAAGAAACAAAUUCACCUCAUUCACUCAAAAAGGAUGUCGAAAAUAUGGGGAAAGAAGAACUUCAGAAGGUUUUAUUUGAACAAAUAGAUUUACGGAGACGACUAGAACAAGAAUUCCAAGUGUUAAAAGGAAAUACGUCUUUCCCAGUAUUCAAUAAUUUCCAGGAUCAGAUGAAAAGGGAACUAGCCUACCGAGAAGAAAUGGUGCAGCAAUUACAAAUCAUCCCCUAUGCAGCAAGCUUGAUCAGGAAAGAAAAGCUUGGUGCCCAUCUCAGCAAAAGCUAA